GGGUAUUAAUAAAGGCCUAUCAACUAGAGGGGGGCAACAUCGCUCUUCCCGUGUUCUGUACUCUGCGAUACCUCUCCUGUCUAUAUUCCUUCCUGAGACCAUGUUGACCAAGAUCAACACGGGAACGUGGCUCCCGGCAUGGGUGCCACAAACCAGCGGCAUCUUGGCCUUCAUUCUGUUAUUCUGUGCGAUGGUGGAGAGUGCGACCAACGGAUUCGAUGGCUCCUUGUUGAACGGUCUCAACAUCCUGCCCGUAUAUAAGGACUAUUUCAAUCUCACCCCGGCAACAACAGGCCUGAACACUGCGUCCGUGUACAUCGGCAAGAUCCUCGGUUUGUGGGCUUCAGGGCUCCUAUGUGAUCGACUUGGGAGACGACCGGUCAUAUUUUGGUCCUCCUUGGGCUCAAUCAUCGGAGUCAUCAUCAUGGCGGCCGCUCAGAACAUCGGUAUGUUCGUAGCCGGUCGGGCGAUCCUGGGUCUGUUCUCCAGCUGGGCAAGUGUGGCUGGAGCAGUCUAUCUCUCAGAGACAUUCGCAGCGAGAUGGAGAUCCUGGGGAGUGGGCAUCUUGAACAACUUUUAUUAUGUGGGCGCACUCAUCGCGGCUGGCGUCACACUCGGUACAUCCAAAUGGCAAUCUACAUGGGCUUGGAGAGCACCGUGCUUGUUCCAAGGGAUCUUUGCGAUCAUCUGCAUCGUCCUACUCCCAUUCAUACCUGAGUCUCCUCGAUGGCUUGCAGCACAAGGACUGCACGACGAUGCACAUCAAGUACUCGCUUCGGUCAACGCAGACGGAGAUAUGAACUCGCAGAUCGUUCUCGUUCAGUUUAAAGAGAUUGUCGACACGUUGGCAUACGAAAAGAGCCACUCGACCAUGUCACCCCUCGAAAUGUUCAAGAGUAAGGUGUCUAGACGUCGACUCUUCAUUGGGACGAGCCCAGGUUGGAUGAGCUGCAUCGUGGGCAACAUCAUUGCAUCCUAUUAUCUAGGGGACGAGUUAAAAACCGCUGGUAUUACGAACAGAGAGGAUCAAUUGAAAGCAAACGUCGUUUUAAACGUCUGGUGCCUCGUCACUUGCCUCACAGGGACUCAAUUGGCCGUCAGUUGGGGUAGGAAGCCUACUGCCCUCCUAUGUCAAUUCAGUCUCACGACUUUCCUCUUUAUCAUUGGUGGAUUGUCGAAAAUGUACGCGAGCAAUCCCCAAGGCGCCUCACAGGCCCUUGUUUAUGGCGAUGUUGCCUGUAUUUUCCUCUUCCAGGGUGCAUACUCCAUCGCUUGGACACCUUUGAUGACCUUGUACCCGCCUGAGAUUCUCAACUAUUCCAUUCGCGCCAACGGCUACACCUUGAAGCAAUAUUGCAAUGCUCUCCCAGCUCUUGUCCUGAUCUACCUCAUGCCCAUUGGACUGGCAAACAUUGGCUGGAAGAUGUAUUUCGUCAAUGCCAGCUGGGAUGUCCUUAUUUUCAUCGUCAUUAUCUUCACCUGGGUGGAGACCAAAGGGAAAACCCUCGAGGAGAUUGACGAAAUCUUCGAGGGUAGCAAGCAUUCCGACGCUCCGAAUCUCGCCAAAGUCGUCGCUGGGCAAGCUCGCAUGGAUCACGAUGCUAUGACGAAGACCGCGAUGGGGGAUGCUUAUCUCGGCAAAGCCCACGAGGCUUGAGAUUGAGAAUCGAUUGUGUUCUGGAACGUAAAGCUUUGUGUGCGCUCCUUGGUUGGACAUGUAUGUGCCCUGCAUCUCUGUAGAAUUUGAUUAAACGUUUUGAGCCUCAUAAGCCUCGGGUCAACGCUUGCUAUGAAAUGUUCAUCUUGCAG